AUGAUAUUAGGCAGUCGAUCGUCUGCCGGGAUAAGCGCUGCGAAGGCCUUCUCCAGCGCAACAGCCGCGGAAUCCUCGACACAGGCUAGGGGUCACGUGUCUGUUUUACACGCCUUGGUCGAGGCGAAGUCACGAGCAGAUCUCCUUAGGGUUGCAACUAGAUGGGAGGAUGCUAGUGGUAGAGGGGGUUAUAAUGUGUUGGAGCCUGGUGGCUCACCUGAGCAGACCGCCGGGAAUAGCCGCUGGCCCUGUACGGAAGGAUCAAACGCUCCCGCAUUAAAUGGCUUCCAUGCACACAGGGGCCGCCUUUGGCAUCGCAAUGAAAACUGUACGCUGCAUGACAACUCACUUUUCAAGGCUGCUGUUUGCAAUGUAAUUCGCCAGGGUUGCAGUGAUGUCACGGUGUGGUCAAUGCUGGACAAGCACAUUAGUCAGCUUACGAAUUCACGUUGGGAGCUAGACUUCAAUACUGCGCACCAGAUUCUGCAUGGAUUGUGCCAAUUCAGAUGUCACGACCAUAUUUUGAAGUCAAAAGUGGAACGCAUUGCAGCUGGGCUGCUUGAUAAAGUUGCAGCGGCGGCCAAACGGGAGCUCCGCCGCGGAGUUAUCGACCUAAAGUUAGAGCCGCAACGACACAUAGGGAGUUUGGAUAAUAUAAUUGACGGUCGUGGUGAUGAAAGCAGUCACGCGGUCUGGUAUGCGGACUCUCCGUCGUCCGGAUUAGACCUCGAUUGCGUGUGGAAGCUGUGGCACCUGCUCAACACGAGCUCCACAAUAUGCAACAGGGAGGUUGCACAACUUCUAAUGGAGGUUAUGGAAUCGCGAAAGCAGGAACUAUGCUCGUUCGACUUUUUAAGGACGCUUUGCACGAUGAGCGUGAUUCUUAAGCACGGGGAUCGGCUUGCUAAAGUUGAAGAGAAGCUACUCCUGAAACUUUUCAAAAGGCUGUUGAUGCUGCUAAAUCACCGAUCUGAUGGCGAAUUCAAGGAUAUCACGUCAUCAAAACGUAUAAAUGACGAUUCCUAUGCGGCGGAUUGUAACGCAGAUGCCACAGAAAGGCCACUUGCCUAUGACCACGAAGAAGAGCCGACUUCAAUCGAACACCCACAACUACAGUCUUCGACCGAAGUCAAGGACGUUGCGUCACCACUGACGCAGCAUGGCGCUCUGUCGAAGCAAGGUAACGUGUACUUGACUCUCGGCCAUGUUCGUAGUUUCUUUGAGAUGCUUUCUUGCAUGUGCGACAAGAUGCCAGUUUCAUCGUUUGCAAGUACACUGGCAUCUAGCGGUUGUGUAGCGGGUCUUAGUCGGUUGUUAGAGGCGGCAAGCGUCUUGGUGGUACGAUCGACAGCCCUAAAGAAACGUCUGUGUAGCGCAAGUGUGACUUCAGGCCCGGCUGGGCCGUCGGCUAUUGCUAGGGGGAUUGAGGAUUGCCCAGAUGAUUUUAAAGCUGUGGAAGUAUCUCAUAUGAAAAUAUUGAAUUCGGCUGUCGCAUUUGUAAAGCAUGUAGAUCGCAUCAGUUGUAUGGAUGGUCAUCACUCGACGCACCUGUUUCCUAUCCGUGGACAUAUGCUGAAAUUCGUCUCCGCAUUCUUUGACGACAUUUCAUGUGCUAAAAUUGAUCAUAAUGUCGCGCAGCUUAAGGCUGGUUACUACAUGGUUCUUUCCGCCGCUGCCAAUGGCCAGUGCAGCGAUGAUCAUGUGAUGACGUUAAGUAAGUGGUCUCUUGCAAUGCUGCAGAGAAUUUCGGAAUCGACAUUGCCUCCGACCCAGUUGAGGCACCUCAUUCACCUAAUGGUGCAGAUGGACAAAUUUGUUUCUCUACUCAAAGACCUCGGCGUGGCGGUCAGGUUAAUGCCUGAGCAGGCGAGGGUCACAAAGAAUGUCCUGAAUCGCUUUUUAACUUCUGACGCUAUAGUUUUAGGGGAUGGUUCAGUACGCAUUGGUGGGCGAGUCAGAGCUCUUAGUCUGCUGCAGAAGCAUGGCAUGCUGUCUACGAGCCAGUUAUCCGCGUUCCUAAAGACAUUGCAGAACAACAGCAAUACGGUUGAAUGGCAACCACAUGACAUCGCCUGCCUAUGCGAGUUGGUUAGGGAGCAUGUUAAUGAAGGAGUGCGUCAUAUCCCUGUGCCCGGUUGUGUCUCAUUCGUCAUCAGGGAGAGAGUCGAUGGUGCUGCGUUGUCUAUCACGACAGAGUCGAGGGUCGACAAGUGCGAGGCGACUACAGAGCACAGCGUCGUACUGGCGUUGUUGGUGCCUGCAUUGGCCAGGGUAUUGCCAGUGGUCGUCCGCAACUUGAACCACGACCAGCUGUUAUCAGUGCUGCGCAGCCACGUGGCGCUAGGAGGCGUUCUGGAUUUGUGUGUUACCGGCGAUGUCUGCGGCCGUUGUGCGAGCAUGAACCUUCGGCAGUGUGUGGAUUGCCUGUCGCUAAGGUGUGAAUCACUGGACGAGAUGGCCCUGCAGCGCAUCUCCUAUCUGCUCGCUAGUCGUCAUACCGUGCUAGAUAUAACACCAUUGCUUAACAUGCUGUGCGCCACCGCCACGGCCAGCGUAUCGGAUGGAGAUGCUGCGCAUGUGGCGAUGUGCAUCAAGCGGCAUCGAGAAGACGCGUCGGUAACUAUAAGAGGGGCAUCUGUGUUGAACCGCACAUGUUGUACGACUAAAUUGCGCCACAGCACUGCCCAGAGACUGGAGCUUGCGCUGUCACUCGCGGACCGUCACUUGGUAGUGCUGGACGACGCAUCAAUGCUCCAGCGACGUAUUGGCAAACACAUGCAGCGUAUUGCGCAUUGUGUCCACCAGGCCGGUGGUCAGCGUGCCGCUUCUACCGUAGAUGCACCGGUCAUCGCCGCUCGGAGUGCCGUUUUGGAUUACGCCGCGUGCUUCGGAGGCAGCACCGCGCACAGAAAUGGAAAACUGCACUCAGCUCUACUAAAUGCCGACCAAGGCUGA